CUCCGCCGGCCUUUCUACGGCCAACUUCAUUUCGCUCCCAGCUUCUGAAACUAUGGGCGGCCGGAAUUAUGAUAUUUCUGAAACUUCCGGCCACCAAAUUCCGUUCAUCGAGUUAGGCGAUGAUCCCCGCAAGCCCAAAACAAAUUAUUUUGCUUCUUUUUGUGCAAUCGUUGCUUCCAUGUCUUCCAUUUUGGGCGGUUACGAUAUUGGUGUAAUGAGUGGAGCGUCCAUCUACAUCCAACAGGAUUUCCUGAUCUCCGAUGUUCAGGUGGAAAUUCUGGUCGGAAUCGUCACCCUCUACGCCGUUAUCGGCGCCGCAGCGGCUGGCAGAACCUCCGAUUGCUUCGGCCGUCGGUCCACCAUGAUUUUCGCCGCCGGCUUCUUCUUUGUCGGAGCCAUUCUAAUGGGGUUCGCCCCAAAUUACGCCUUCCUCAUGUCCGGCCGAUUCUUCGCCGGCGUCGGCAUCGGAUUUGGCUGCUUGAUUGCCCCUGUUUUCAUCGCUGAGGUUUCUCCCACAUCCUCUCGCGGCUGCCUCUCCACUUUCCCGGAGAUAUUUGCUAAUGUCGGCAUCUUACUCGGAUACAUUUCGAAUUUCGCAUUCUCCGGCUUCCCAACUCAUCUGGGGUGGCGAUUUAUGCUCGGAAUUGGCAUAGUUCCGUCGGUGUUCUUAGCAGCCGCCGUGAUUCUCGUAAUACCGGAGUCCCCACGGUGGCUGAUAAUGCAGGGCCGAAUCGGCGAAGCCAAACAAGUCCUAAUCAGAACCUCAGAUUCCAUCGAAGAAUCUCUCCAGCGGCUCGCCGAUCUAAAAACUGUCGUCGGAAUUCCAGAGAGAUGCGAAGACGACAUCGUUCAAGUCCCAAAACAGAGGAGCCAUGGGAGCAGCGUUUGGAAGGAGCUCUUCCUCUGCCCGACGCCGGCUAUCCGCCACAUCCUUAUCACUGCUGUCGGCGUCUAUUUCUUUGCAGAGGCGACCGGCAUGGGCGCCGUCGUUUUGUACAGCCCCAAAAUCUUCGAGAAGGCCGGAAUCUUAUCCUCGGAGCACAAGCUUCUCGCGACGGUGGGGGUCGGCCUGGUGAAGACCGUCUUCGUCUUGAUCGCCACCGUCUUGCUCGACCGGGUUGGACGGCGACCGUUGAUUCUGACGAGCAUCGGUGGUCAAGUUAUUUCGCUGAUUGCGUUAGGUGCCGGUCUCACGAUUAUUGAGAAGUCGGACGAACAAGUGACGUGGGCGGAGGGGCUGUGCAUUGCAAUGGUGUUAUUCGACGUGGCAUUUUUCUCAAUUGGAUUGGGGCCCAUGUGUUACGUCAGCUCGGAGUUUUUUCCGUUGAAGUUACGCGCCCAAGGGACGAGCGUGGGGUUCAUCACAAAUUCAACCAUGGGCGCAGUUGUUGCAAUGACGUUUCUGUCCCUGUCUAGGGCGAUUUCAAUUUGUGGUGCAUUCUUCUUCUAUGCGGGCAUUGCGACAGUGGGUUGGGUGUUUGUUUAUGUGGUGUUCCCAGAGACACGGGGCCUGGAUUUGGAGGAUGUGGAGGGGCUUUUUGGUAAUUUGAUGUGGAAAUUUUCUGUCAAACACCGAGAUAUUAAAAAUUAAAAAAAAUCUU